AUGUACGCACCUAUGUAAUUAAUAAUAAGGAGUAUCUAUAAAAUUAAACACAUUCCUACACAGAAGAUAUGCCGCUUGGCUAUAAUACAAUUUAUAAAGUUGUAUAUUAAUUACGGUAUAAUAAAGCAUGCGGGGGGCGAGGGGGCGCGCCGCGCUCUCAUAUUCCGUAUAUUGAUUGUGUGCGAGGGGGCCGGGGCAAGGAGGGGGCCACGGCGUGCCCCACUCUGUUUUUUACGACACGGCUUUCUGUGUAACAUAAUUAUUGUAUUAAUUUUGUGAAAUGUUUCGGUGUUAUUUGUGAAAAAUCGAGAAGUCGGUAAAGCGAUUUGCGAGAUGCAGGGGCUGGUGAGCGAUAAGACGUUCCACUUGAAGUGGAACAACCACCUGCAGAACUUGAGCCAGCUGUUCACGACCAUCUACUCGUCGUCGGCGCUGGCGGACGUGACGCUCUCCUGCCGCGACGGCACCCUCAAGGCGCACAAGCUCGUGCUCUCGGCAUGCAGUCCUUACUUCGAGCAGAUAUUCAAGGACAACCCAUGUCAACAUCCAAUAGUUAUACUGAAGGGGAUCCCGUUCUCGGAGAUCAACCUCCUUGUGGAGUUUAUGUACAAGGGGUCGGUGGAUGUCCAAGAGCUGGACCUGCAGUCCCUGAUGCACACAGCCUCCGAGCUAGAGAUACGGGGGCUGGCAUAUGAGGCUAGGGACAAUGCUGCACAGAUGUUGAAUGUUAACUUGGAGUACCCAACAUAUCCCGCUACUUCCGUGUCGGCUCAGCCCACAUACUCACAAGCAAGGACUGAUGUGGAGAGGCUGAAACAGAUACACAUGUACCAGCAAUCCAUGAUGCGUGCCGAGGAGAUAAGGAGAAGGCGUCGGGAAGACCCACCGACGACUCACACGGCUGUGAAUAAUAUCCUCGCGGCUGCGGCUCGGGAAAUGGAGGAGGCAAUGCAUGCCUCCCGCGGCGGGGAAAGGGUGGUCGCCUGUAUCCAGACGGAGCAUGAUCAGGCAGCGGCAACAUCAACAACCGACGCCAAACGCGAUGUGGAAGAAGAACGCCCAAAGAAAAGGACUUCCAUCUUGUCUCCUGACGAUGAACGGCUUCGGGCCAAGAAGAAACCCAUGACUGUACGCUUCCAAGACGAUAAUAAGACUGAAGAACGUCAUAAGGUCACUUCCCCUGGCGCCCCCAGCAAUGAUACCAACAAGCACGAAGAGAACAAACAUGGCGGCAUCAAAGUGGUGCAGUUGGCAGUACUGCAGAAACCCACCAAUAACGAACAGGAUGACUCUGACGAAAAAGGCGGCAACAAGACCCUGGAUGAUGACGAGGAGACGGACUCCAGCGGGUCGGUGUCAGACUCCGCGACCAACGAUGCGCAGGACGGACGUCCGCACGUCUGUGAUGUUUGUGAUCUGAGAUUCCAGCGCUCUUCCCACCUGACCCGUCACAAGCUGACGCACACGGGCGAGCGUCCGUUCACGUGCGGCGGCUGCGGACGAUCCUUCGCUCGCUCCGACAAGCUCAGGGUGCACACCAAGAUCUGUGAGAAGGAGGACCCAACAGUAGACAUGGCAACGGAAGCCCCAUCAUUCAAACGCGAGAGCAACUCGGAAGUGAUGUCGGGCAUGGUCCGCACCACGCACCGCGAGUCCGGCCACCUCGUGUUCACCCCCAGCGGCGACGUCAUGCUGCCGCCGAGGUCACACCCCGUCGUGCUCAACGCCACCCUGGACCCCGUCAAGAACGAGAUCAAUCCGGAUAAUCUGUUGGAGGCCCCGCGCAGGGGACGCGGCAGACCCCGCAAGACCCCGCUGCCGCUCAUGCCGAAGAUUAAGAAGAAGCGUGGACGCCCGCCUAAGACUUCGCUUGACAUGGAAGGCUGCGUGCUGACGAGCGGGUCGGUGAUGGGCCCGUCCGUCGCCCACCUCACGCCGUCGGGCCAGCAGCUGCUGCUCAAGCGCAAGCGGGGCCGCCCGCCCAAGAACUACCUGCUGCCCAGACAAGGUAUGUUGGAUAUGGAUAUACCGAUGCAGUACGGACUCGCGAUCAACAAGUUUCACGGACGACCCAACGAGAACUACAACGCAACCAACCUACCCUUCGGCGACUUCUCCUACUUAACCGAAAUGAUCUACAACCCACUGGCAUACGGGAACUACGGCGUGACCAGCGUCGACCCCGACCGCAACGUCGACACUGACCAUCCAACUGACACCCACGACCGCACCAUCGACGUCUCCGACUCCUCAUCCGACGACGAUGACUCCCGCGUCGAGACCGAAGACAACAUCCCCGUUGCCAUGGAAACGCAGAUCAUGACUGUCGGCGACUGCCAGAUUGUGAAACUACCACCGAGUAACGAAGAUAAGGAGGAGAAAAUUGAGCAAGUUGUUGAGACUACAGUGUCCUCGUCUACGCCGUCGUCGGUCACUAUAACACCCAUUACGACAGUGGGUGAUUGCACCAUCAGGCCGGUGGAGAACACAUAAGAUUUCGCAGCCAUGUUAGUCUACCCCGUCUACUGGCACACGGGAUGAGCCUACUGCAGAGAGUGAGUAUGUACUUGAGUGGUUUACUUUAUACGUUGCGCGAUCUCACAGUGAGACUCAAUGCAAAUUAGAUAUAUGUUGCGGUAUUUUGAUGAGAAUCAUGUGCGGUUUAUACUAUGUUUAUUAUUUUAAAACACAAUUGUGUGUUAUUUUAUUAUAUUUUAAUUUUCAUUGCAAUUAAUGUGUAAUCUGCAUUUGGAAAUUCUAAAUUGCAGCUUUUUCUGGUGUCUUUGGGAAGAUUUUUAAACAAUAUGGGGUAGACGUUGUAUUAUAUUAUUGUGGUAGCAUUCACUUCGGAUUAAGUGGUCACAGAUCGAUGAUACACUUUGGUGUUGAAGUGGAGUAGAAAUUGAUAAAUAAUGCAGUAUUUGGGCGUUUGUAAAUUGGGCAUUGGACGUAGGAUGCUUCCGUAGUGAAUUCUUUACGAAUGAGUGUAUGAGGCCAGCUUUAUAAUAACGACAGUGUCUUAUAAGAGCCUUAAAAAUUGACACUAGCGUCUGGCAUUUCCAGGAUCGUUAUUUAUCCCCGCUGAACCUCAGCAUACCAUGACUCAUCUCAUACACCGAGAUAAGACUUUUUACUAUUAAUUUUAAAUAUAACUUCCAACAAAUGCCCUAAAAAUCAUGCAUGCGAAGGUAAUUUGUACCUGUGUGAGAACAAAAUAUUUCAGCGAUCAAACGCCGUAAGAAUAAGUAGAAUUUGAUUAAUCUUCAAGAUUUGCACUCAAUGUCUUCCCAGGCACCGUAAUGCUACUACAAUGAUAAUCAUGUAUAUCUAUGAAAAAAAAAAUACUAAGAAUUCAAAGUGACUGUCAAAAAUGCAUUUAGAAUUGGUGGUGAUGAAAUAUUUAUUUUAUUGGUCUACUAAUGUACCAUAAUGCCAUAAGCUUUACAUAAUUUUAAUCGUGAUACUCAAUUAGACGACUCGUAUACUUAUCAGAACAAAUAUUAAUUGUCACAAUAUUGUUGGGCUGCAGUGUACUGCAUACAGUACAAAUAUUCUGACAAAAAAAAAUCAGAUCUGCGAGGAAUAUCAUUUUUGGAAGACACGAAAAUCAAUAAAAAGGCUAUGAGUGCAAUAAGUUGCUUAAUUUACAACAGCAAUAAGGAAGAAAGACAAAAGUUUACAAAACAAUGAAGUAAAAAUUAAUAAAGUAAAUAAACUACUUCAGCGUUCACGUAAACAGGUACACAGUACACUGCAGAUCAAAAGUUUUACGUAUAGAUGUGUAUUUUGCGAAUAUCUACAUAGAGGCAGCAUAUUUACUGAAUAAUAAUGUAACGGUGACACUAUUUAGAUACGCGAUGUUUAUUAUAAUGUGCACUUAACGUUGCCUUCACUGUUUUUCUUGGCGUACACACCAUUGGUAUCCCGGGCCUAUGUAAUAUCACGCCCACUCUAUAAGAAACUAAUGGUGUGUAAACCAACUUAACACUCCUCAAAAGUAUUUCAAUAUUUAUUUUCACGCGAAAUCUCUCGAUCGAUCUGAUUUUUGUUUAAUACCGAGAGACUGACUUCCAUAACGUGACGAAAUAUUUUUGAGCAGUGCUCGUGCGAACGUAGCAAUCUGGUCGGCUGUCUAUUUUAUACGUUUAUUUUCUAUAAUAAUUUGGUAGUUAGUCGUUGUGUAGCAAGCACACGCUAUGUCGCCUUUUCCAUAUUUCUUAACUGUAUCAAUCUCUGUGAAUAUUAGAAUGUAGUAAGUAGUGUCUUAGAUGAAUAUAAAACUUAAUAUUCUAAAUAUUAACUCGACAACACCACACGAACAAGUGAUACGAAUAAGCUACAUAUUUUUAGCAGAAACAUAUUGUAUUGACAUAUUAACAAUAUAUUUCUUUAAUAGUUUUGCCUGUAAAAGCAAUGGAUAACGUAUCGUAGUUCUAUAUAUAAUGAUAGUGCAGUAUAUAACCACAAUAUAAAGACAGGUGUCGGCCGCGGCCUGUGAAACAGUCUCGGCGACUUUACAAUAUCAUAUUUUUCGAACAAACACGUUUUAGUUCCUCGUUAUGUUCGAUAGAGACUAAUGUAGAAGUCUGCAUACAUACAUUAUAAUGUCGGUGUAAUAAAAGUAUUAAACUCACUAUUAUGAAAAAUCAUAAUCAUUAUUUUCUUUAUAAUCUGUACAGUAGUAGAUAUAGUUCCUAACUUGUAAUCGAUACAAACUAUAACCCUUGAAUUAAUGAAGUAGAUGAGACGUAAUAUUUCUUUAAUCAUUUAGAAUUAAGUUUAUAUUAUGAUCAAACUUUGAGUAUAUCUUUUUUAGUAUUCACUAUUAGUGAUAGUCGAUUUGUUUAAGUAUCAAUUGCGAUAUAAUUUACGUAUUUAAUGGAAGACUGCUCGGAUUCGUUUUCUGUUGACGUGUAUCGUUGCGUUGUACUCGUUGAUGCCACAGAUCUGUUGCAUUUUAACAUUUUUGACGUAGCUGUGCGUGAUUAUGCUUGAACUAUUUCCAAUUCUUAAAGUACGAUAUGUGGCACCAACGAGUACAACAGUUAUUAUAAUUGUGAACAUUUUGACAUGAAACAGCCCCGAAGAGGCAAAUCGUGAGUCUCAGGCGGCAAGCUAAGCUUAUUGAGAAUUAUUUUAAUAUAGGAAUCUGUAUUUUUAUAACGAAACUAAGAUAAGUUGAAGCGGUAAUAAUCAUUUACUCCUGUAUGUCACAUAUUGUAAGCUGUGUUUAGUUGUGUUUUACAAGCGCCUUUUGGCCCGUUGUCGUUAAGUUUCAUGUGUUCCCUUCGAGGUGUGACGGAUAAUAUCUACAUGUAUCUGCUAUUGGGAACGAAAAGCAAUAAGAAAUUCGAAUCAUUGUGUGGUAAAAAUUGUGAUUGUAAUCAAAAUGUUUGUCAUGAAUCGAUAUCUCUAUGGUCUAGGGCAGCUAUAUUGUCUUUUACAUUGACCAUACCAUAGCAUAUAUAAAAUAAAUAAAUCUGAUCAAAUAUUACCCACCUUUUGCCUUGAUAAGUCAUAAGUAGGGUGAAUAUAUUUUAUUUCCUCCAACUAGGAAGAGUUAUUUCAAGUGUUGGAGUUCAGAUGAAGGCAAGACGUAUUUAAGCAAAUACAUGUAUAUAUUGUCUGGUUUACUUUUGGCAAUAUGAUGGUUAUAAUCGGACGUUGGAUCGAGAGCAUUGAUUGCAUUUAUAUUUAUUUUGUAUUGGUGCGAUAUGUUACAAAAUUAUUGAUUUAUACGAAUAUUUUGAAGAAAUCCUAUUGUUUUACAAGUAUACAAUGUCUAAAAAUUAGUUAUUAUCAACGAUAAUGCAAUUCUUUUUAAAUCCGGUGGUUUAACAUGAGUUCUAAUUUUUGGGAAAGUACGUACAUUUAGUACUCAUGAUAAGCCCCCAAUUCUAUUUGUCUAUGAUGCUAAAAUUAUUCUAUGUUGAUCUAGGUUAUGAUUAUUUUUAAAACACUUCCUCAAUAUUGAUAUAAUUUGCUUCUGCCUAGAUAAUCGAGAUAUUUUUGUCCUGUAUUACACAUAGCACACACAUGUAUGGAUACUCCUACACAUAAUGCAUUUUGAGUAUAUCUCUGCAUUUUAAGUAACCACCAAACUCUUGAAUGUGUUCAGAAGUUCAAUUUUUAGCAGCUAUUUGGCAGCAAUUUUAGUUCUUAGUUCUACUACCAGCAUACGUAUAUAUGACAGUGUCCAUGUUGAUCUGAUUUUGAUAUGGUUUAUCUUUCUCAAAACAUCACACAAUUACAAUAAUAAUUUGCAUACUUGACAAAAAGUUGAGGUUUAAAUAGGAACUUAAACUACGGGUGAAAUUAUAUAUUCCAUCGAAAUCGGAGCUAUAUUGACGUUGUCUUAUUUGAUUAAUAUUUUUAAACUUAAAAAUAAUAUGAAAAUAUCAUGCAAAUUGUGCUAUGUGUAGUACCAACCCCAUAACAAAAACAUGUAUCCAAUUACAAUUUGUCGUAAAAUAAUAUAAAAUUUUACGGCCGGAUAGUUUGUAGACAAAUAGUAUAUUAUGUUUAGUUUUAAUGAACGUUUUAUAUUCCUGUAUUUUGUGAAAUGUUCAUCAUUUUACGUUGUGAUCAUUUGAGUGCAAAAUUAUUAUACGUUUAACCAGUUUACUUUGACGAUUUGUCAGUUAGGGCAGCAAAUGUAUACUUUAUGUUUGCAUAGUCCGAGAGCAGUAUUUUUUAGAUUUAAUCUUUAUUAUAACUUUUUUUAUUUUAACAUUAUGAAAUUCGAUCGUUAGUUAAUUUCUAACAUGAAAUAUUUAAUAAAGAAAUCACAAAAUUA